CUGCUCCAUCAAUCAUACUCAUUCAAAUAUAGAUAGAUAGCUACAGAUAUUUGCCCCCGCAGGCUCGAAACUAAAUUUAGCACAAAUUGAAAAUGUUGCCAGCAAUCUUGAUUUUAUUCGCUUUGCUGUUCGAAUCGGUUCGUGGUUUCAUCAUCACUGUGGAUGCCCACGAGGAUAUUUGCUUCCAUGAACAUGUGCUGCAGAACGAGCGCAUUACCAUAUCCUUCGAGGUGAUGGAGGGCGGCUUCAAGGAUAUUGGUGUGUCGAUCAAGGGUCCCGAAAGCGAGCUGCUGCACCACUCCGCUCGCGAGUCCGUGGGCAGCUUCACCUUCAGCGCCAGCAAGAUGGGCGUGUACACGCUCUGCUUCGACAAUCAACUCUCCACAUUGACCCCCAAGGUGCUGAUGUUUCAGUUCCAUGUGAUUCGAGGACUGGCCUACUACACGGACCCCCAGCGACGAGGCGACGAUGUCCUCGAGCAGGCCGUUGUCCAGCUGAUGCUCAACGAGUUGUCCGCCAAGAUGACGGCCGUCAAGCAGGAGCAGGAGUAUAUGCAUGUCCGCUAUCGCGGCCACCUGGAUGUCAGCGACAGUGUCCAUUUCCGCAUUGUCUCCUGGUCGAUUUUCGGACCAUCGCUCCUGCUAGUCAUGACCAUUCUCGAGGUGUACUAUCUGAAGCGCUUCUUUGAAGUGCGCCGCGUGGUCUAAUGUUUGGAUUUUUACAAAUUAAAACCAUUUUUUGCUUGGGGAGUUGCUUCCCAU